GCGCUAUCCAAACGCAAGUGCAGUUAUGAGUUGAAAACUUACGACUGGCCUUGGCCGCAUCAACCAUCGCGUGGUGUUAUCAGCCGGAUCGCCCCACUUGCUGCAUACAGCGGAGUGGAUAAGUUUCCACUUCGCGAUGUUUUGCAAUGAUCUCGGACCCUCCUUCGGUAUCUCACCGAUAUUCACUCAUCAACCCAGCAGUCAAUCAACCAACCCUAAUUUGAGUCUUCUACAUCAGAUGCUUUCUGUUGACAAAAGUGACGGUUUCAUCACUGGACCAGUUUCCCAAAAGGGGCAUUCGGCUGGUUCCUCUAAACAAAACAGUCAAGGUGUUUUUCCGCUUUGUCCUGGCACCGAUUCAAACCGACUCGAAGCUGCGACAGACCUACAACUCCACGCAACUCCCAAGCUAGAUGGUGAUUGGUGCGAAUCACAAGCUAAUCCUUCCGUUAUGGUUGACUAUGGAGGAGCUUUACCUUCUUUUACGGCUCCACAUUUGUGUCAUGACUGUGGGAAAUCAUUUGUGGAGCGUUGUUUUCUCCUGCGACAUCGCGCAUCCCAUGGUGCGGCAAAACAUGUGUGCCCGAUUUGCAACCGUGCUUUUGUUAGAGAUGACAAGUUGAAACGCCACAUUAGGUGUCUUCAUAGUUCUGAGCGACCGUACAAAUGUGAAGCAUGCCCCAAGGCGUUUGCGCGCAAGGACAAACUUCAAGAACAUGUUCGUCAUCACAAUCGCGAUAUUACCUUUUCUUGUCCCGUCUGUCCGGAAUUAUUUGUUAUGCGAUCCCAUCUCAAUCGGCACUUACGUGGAAUACAUAAAAUCAAGUUACAGUCAAACGGUAAUCAAUCCGUCGUUCAAAAUCUAUCCCAAACCACCACAAACUUUUCACUGAGCACGACAGUUAUUUCAGAAAGCAAGAGUGCCUUCACUCCAGUCAAUAACCGUCUUGCAAUUGGAACGAUAUACAACAACUGUGCUGGAGAUCCCGGGACAAGCACGUUCAUAUCAGCUAUACCGAAUUCCGGUUUGGACGAUCUAUGCCCUAACGUUAUCACCAACGUCGAUUCACAAUGUGUCCCCGUUUGCUCAUCUCCAGCUGUCCCAAAUGUUUCAAAUUUGUCCAUAGAAUAUAACCUGCCCUCUAACGACCGUUUGCAAAACCUUUCAGCUGACGUCAGUUCACAGCAACACCAAGCGUUUGACGCAACUUUCAAAGCGCUACAGUACCCUCCUUGUCCAACCCUUCAAUCAAACUUCUUUCCGCUGUCAGCCUAUGUUUCAGUCGAAACAAAUCAACACCCUCGAUACCCCCAGCUUCUCGGCCAGGGUUCCACUCACGAACACCAACAAAUGUCUCCACCGUCAGCGUGGUCUGCAGCGAUGGCUGCCAGCCUUCUUGCUCCAGUAAACUAUAUGAGUUGGUGGUCUCAGCCUAAUCCGAGCGCCGUACUGCCCAACACUCCUAGUGUACUUAUUAGUAACCUGAGCACUGCAUCCGAAAAUGCUCCAAACGUCUAUGCACAGAGUUCUUGCGCGUCUCGUCUUGUUCAAAUGAAUGCCACGCAAUCACAUUGUUUUAGCCUAGCAUCAGACACACAGUGCACAUCGCAGAGCUCAGAUACGUUGUGGGGACAACGGAACAAACCACACACGAUACCAGCUGUUGCCGCUGCCGCUUCAGCACAAAUGUUCGCUUCCCUUCCACCUUUCGCUCAGGCCAUGUACUAUCGGGCAGCUAGCUGGGCUGCAACACAAAACUCAGAUACUGAAGGCAACCAAUGGCAUGCAAGGCAGUCUAACGCAAGCUCUUUGCAUCCUACAGUCACAGUCGCGGACGACUCUUGAUCAGUUAGUUGUGUUCCACCCAAACUCAGAUUUUUCCCUUCGAAAUAUUUUUCUAUUUCCCAGAUGCAUUUCAGACCAGACACUAGUUUUUUAUGUGACUCGACUUUUCUUUUAAGGUUUUUUUAUUACUUUUACCACCUAGGCGCAAAGUUGUCAAAAUUUUAUUGAACAACCCCAACACAUCCAUACAAAUGGGAUGCUAUUUAGUAGUUCGAUU